UAGCGCGAGUUCGCAAAGAGAUUUAUUACUGCGCAUGCGCGCUCCGAUCCGCACAUGGACCGCGACUAGAAGCACCCUCUUGUUUUCCGUGGCGUAUAGUCGUGUAACGCGUGUCUCAUAUCGUGUCGCGUCACAUCGUGUAUUACAUCGCGUCGCGUUAACGACAACGAGUUUCAUUCGAAAAGAGGUAACGUUGUUUUGAGAAGACCUUUGAAGAAAGUGAAAAAAUCGCAUUAUCGAAACGGGAGCGAGGAGGGAAAGAAAAGGAAACAAAAUUGAAUGAUCGGAACGAGAAAUUGGAGCGUCGAAAGAAAGAGCGGAACGGUGGAAGAGUGAGCGCGAAACAGAAGAACGGAAUAGGGAAACGAGACAGUAGAACGGGAGAACGGAAGGAAGGCACGCGUACUAGUUGCAAGAGAACGGAACAGUCGGCCGGGAUGGAUCGGAUAAAAGGGUUGGGGUGAGGGGGCUGACGAGUGAGGUGGUGGUGGCCGGUCGUCGGGCGCCGUCGGGCGGCGAGUUUUCAGUCUGUCCUGCGCCGUCGAAACGAAGGAAGCGCCGCUCGUCGUCGAGCGCGACGUCGAGCGCGACGAGCCGACGAGCCCGUGCCCUUCUUAGUUCGCGUUCGCUCGCCGUCUCGAGCGUCACAUUUUCUCCUUUUGUUUCAAUUGCGCGGACGCGCGCAUUCCUCGCUUUUCUCUUCCUCUUCUCCUCUCCCAAUUUCUCCCAGUUACCUUAUCGACACUGACAAUCACCACCGAAUAUAAUCUGGCCUCGAAAUCUCGCCGUAUCUCCGACGAUUUUUUGUUGUCCAUCCUUCUCUUCCCUUCCCUUUCUCUCUUUCUCUUUCUCUCUCUUUGUUUCUUUCUAUCAGUGUAACCGUCUGUUUACUUUUAUCUUAAUCUUUAUCUAAUAUUUCGCAUCUUUUGCUCUCUUCUCUUUCUUUCUUUAUUUUCAUCUUUGUUUCGCCCUUCCCUAUAUUAUUCUCUCGUACUUUACAAUCUUCUCUAUCCAUGAUCUAAGAUUCCUUUCUUUCGUCCGCUUCCUUGAUUACGUUUCUGCUCGUUUCUACACGUUCUAUCUCGUAUUCAUGAAAGAUAUGCCAAAAACCAUAAAAAUCUAGUCGAUAGAGACGAAUGUUCGAAGCUAAAUUUUUUCGAAAAGAAUUGUGAGCACGGUAAUUGUGGAUUUUUUGCCACGGACUUGCUCCAGAUUCGCAUCGACCACCUUCGAAUCAAGGACGAAAGGUGCCAAGGAUCGAUAAUUUUGAUAGAAGAUAACAAAACUCCAACGUUACGACGACAACGUUGGAGGCGUCAACUACAACAGCAAAGGAAAACGGCGUGGCAACGGGAGCAGCAAAUCUAACUUCGAGGUGGGAAUAACGAGCACAAAGGCGAGGAAAUUGCGUCAACGUCAACGAAGUUUCUUCUUAAAGUAUUUAUCAAAGUAAGAGGAGGCGAAAAAAAAAAGAAAGUACCAAAGAACUGUGGAAAAUUAUCUGUAAAGAGGGAAGUACCUGCGAAGAGGCUAACGAAGAGAAACGGUGGAAUAAUUAAGAAGAGGGGUGGAAAAGAAGAAGAGCGAAAGGGCACGGUUUGGAGAAGGGAGAAGGAUUGGAGGGAAAAAGAGAACGAAAGGAGAGGAAGGGGAGGAGGAAGAAAGAUGAGAAGCAACAUUCAGCGAUAGAAGGAGGAAUUGGCGAAGGAAGGAGACGUGGAUCGGGGUGGAUCCGGGUCGAUCGGUGUGAUGGUCUCGGGGUGGUGCCCGUGCGUGCCGAUCGGCCGCCGGGAAUCACCGGCCCAACAGCAGUCGGCCUCCUCCUCGAGGAGUUUAGGAACGGACGGUGCACCGUUCACCGUCAGCGCGGCGACCGAUCGCGCAGAUAUGGUCCAGAUGUUUUAUUACGAGAAUCGCGGCAAAUGCUGCAAGAAACUUCUUCGAUACAACGGAUACCCGAACAAGGUGCUUCUGUUCCCGGAAGAAGGUUGGGCGAGGAGCGCGAGCAGUUCCUACUGGACUUUGACGCCAUUUUGGUGGAGUCGAAGUCGAUGCAAGGUGGUCGAAGUUGCUGGAACCAGGAGGUACAGCACUCAAGCAAAAAUGGUGGACACAGGAACUGGUACGCUUUACAUCGUCGGCUCUUUCAAAAGAAUGACAACCGAUCCUGAUUUCAAGUUGUACCUGACGUCGAACGUAUCGUCGAGCGACUUCAACAUGGGUUAUAGUAUGACUGGCACGUUGGAGCGUGGCUGCAAGAAAACCAACUCUUUUCAGAUGACACACUUUGCGGUGAUUCGUCGACGAGACUAUGAAAAGGCCUACGAGGACUCGAAUCCCACCUAGUGCCCGUCCACACCCACACUGUCCGAGUGUGGGGAUUGCGAACACUACGCAUAAAAGGAAAGGGGUAUUAAUCGAAUUACGCGCACGGCUUACCCUCCAAUUUAUUCUCGAUUCAAAGCAAAAAAAUUUUCUUUACCAUUCGAUAAUCGAGCAAAUUAAUUCUGUGAUCUUUACACGGAUUAUGAUGCUCUCGUCGAAUCUUUCUUCUCGUCCCGGUCUGCAGGGAAUUAAACAGUUAAAUAUCCGAAAAAAGCGAUCGCAGUGACCUCGAUUGGUAGCGUUAGCCGAUACGUGACAUUCGAUGCGCGACACGCAAUACAGAGAAAUCAAACACCCGAACGAAUGAGCAAAAGCCAAAACGUCCAAAGGUAGCGUUAAAAACUUAGGUCGAAUUAAGUAGUUUUUAAAAAAAGAAUAACAGGGAACGAUACAGAUGGCGAGUAUACAAAAGUAAUGUGAUCGAGGAUCGAGGACAAGCAUUUUUCAAAGUAUUAGCACGUAAGUUGUUCGUAAAAUGUUCGCAGGCGAUAAGUUUUUCCUAUGAAUCUUUUUUUCAUGUGGGCACGCGCUGUUUCUCUAUCGGUUGAAUCAUAUUUUAUUCGCGCGCAAUUUAAAGCGUGCUUCUAUGAAUUGCGUCCUUUCGAGUGGCGAGCGCCUCGAACUUCCUAACUGUAAUUAUAUUUUCUGUUCCUCGAGGUUAUGUCCUCUCGUGUCGUUCCGAGGAACGAAGUUCGCGGCAAUUCUUGCCACGCUCGCGCGCGUUUGCACCGAGUAAAUGUAAUCCUUCUCGUCCAUGAUUUUGAUGAUCGUCGUCGUGUAGCGGCCUAGCUUCCAAGCGAUACUUAUUUUUGUUAACGAGUAGAGAGAUGCAUGGCCGUAACACGACGCUAUUUGAUGAUUCGAAUAGGCUCGGUCGAAUCCAAGGAGAUCUAUAUCCCCCGCUCUUCGGAAUCGCGAAUCCGACUCCCGAUUUUUGUACCUUCGGCUUUGCUCAAUAAUAUAUACCGAAUAUCGAACGUGAACAGCAUAGAUGUAAGUUAUGAUCGAAUCUUGUGAAUUGAAGAGUUCUUAUAGAAAAAUUUUAAAAAUUUUUUCAGGAAAAAUAUAGAAGUUAUUUAAAUUCAAUUACUUAAUUGCUAUGCUGAAAUUAAAAUAUAUAUUUAUAUAUAUAGAUACAUUAACUUUUGUUGAGAACAAUGUGAGUGUUGAAAAGUCAAAUUUUUUUAAAAGCUGUAAUUGCUAUUGAUAAAAUUGAGAUAUACAUAUUCAUAUACAUUAACUUUCUGAAGGUUCUGAAGUAUCAUCAAAUAAUAAAAACUUAAAGUUAUUUAUAAUUUAAUUUAUAAUUAUGAAUCCAAUUAAAGAUUACUGUACAAUAAAUAUUAUUAUAUAUCAAUUAAAAGUAAAGUUAUAAAAUGUUUGAGAUUUUUUGAGAUUUAUUUAAAUAAUAGCAGUUAAAUUACUUAUAAAAUUUCAAUAAAAAUAAAAAAUACAAUAAUUCAGAUGAAUCACACAAUUUUUUAUUUUUUAUCUAAAUUUAUAGUAAAGGAAUUUAUAUUUGUAAAAAAUUCUACAUGCUUUAUUUAUCUAUGCUUUAAUUUUAAAGAAAAUUUAAUGUAUCAUUCACUUAAAUUUAUAAAUGAUAUAUCAAAUAGCAAUCUUACUUGUUUUUCAGAAUAACUUGCAUAGAAAAAAUAUAUUUCUUCAUAUAAUAUAUUAUUUUUAUUUUCAUAAAUAGAAUAUAUUAGUGAAAGUAUAUUUUACUAUAUUCUACGUAAAUUAUUAUAAAACUAGUAAUAUUUAAUAUAUAUAAAUUUUAACAUAACCUUGAACUGUAAUUUUAAUAAUAGAAAUAUAUUUAUUAUAUUCUUCAAUAUAUCUGCCAUACAUUGUUUGAUUUUUAUGAUUUUGUUUCUUCAAAUGGAUUAAGAAACAAUCAAUUAAUUGAAAAUAUAACCUUAAAUCACAAAAUAAUAGACAAAGUCAAAGUAAUAGUAAUAAACAAAAAAUCACGAAACAGUAAAGUGAUUUGAAUUGGUAUUUAAAAUAUUUUAUAAAAAUGUUUGAUAUAUUAGUGAACUUGCUUUUAACAUGAUUAUUAAUAAUAACUUUAUUAUUAAUAAUGAUUAUUAUAACUAUUUUUAACUUAAAUUUAUUUCAUAUAUUUCAAUUGGAACAUAGAACAUUUUUCAAUUUUUGCAUUUAUAAUGUUUUAUAUUGCAAGAACUCUUCAAUUAGCAUUUAUUGACUAAUAGAACGCGCGUGUCCUUUGCAUAAGUUUCGCUUUAAUCGUAUCUCGAUAUAUGAAUACUUGUAUUUCUAUAGUCUGAAUUUUACGGCAAUGCCAUUUUUUUCUAGUACUUCAACGUGCCCCUCUUUUUUCUCUGUUUCUCUUCCUCUUUUUCUUUUUUCUGCUUUCCCACUAUUCAUGAACUUUUUACUCUCUUCUUCUUUCUCUUCUGUUUUUCUCUCUAUCUUAUGUGCGCAUGCGCACAUGCAAUGUAUGUAAGUACAUGUAUAUUUGCUGUUUUUCUUUCUGCCUUCUCGUAAUUGAACGUUUGAUCAAUCACGUCUGUUCGUCUUUCUAUUUAUCGAAUUAACGUAACUACUGUCGCAAAUGAACUCGGUAGGAUUCCACGUGCCAUUUAGUCGAGUGCUAUUACGUAUUACAGGGUUUAAUGGUUUUUCAUGAUUUAGCGAGGAAUCUAUUUAUAGUUUAAUGUUUUAUUACGUCUCCUUUUCUUUUCUAUAUCGUAUCAUAUUCAAUAAGUUUAUUUUCCAUAUUUUAAUUAAGCUUAAUAUUUAAUUAAUAAUUAUAAGUUAUCUUUGUUUUUAUUGGUUAAGAGUUUUUAUUGGUUGCAGUAAUACCUGUCGAAUAAUUAUGAUACGAUUAAGAUCGUGGAAUUCUUCAGUGGAAUUCAAAAUUUUUAAAAUUAUUGAUGAUUUUUUUUUAUUUCGUUUAUUUCAUUAGCUCGAAUGAGAUAGAAAAAAAUUCGUGUUUUUUAUAAUGCGUAUCUUAAAUUUCUAAAAGCAUAUAAUUUUCGAGGCAUCAAUUUCUAUAUUCAUGCUUCAAAAAUUAUCCUGGAAUUUUAAUUCCAGGAUAAUUCUGCGAUGGUUAAAUAGGCAAAAGGUAAAAAAUUGGGCAUUCUUGUAGUUAUUUUCAUCCGAGUAUUUUUAGUCUAAAGUAUAAUAUUAUAAUCUUGGAAUUGGUUUGAUCUGGUUUGAAAACCGGAUAUGAGUAUUCGAGUAUUCGAAUUUAAAUCUGAAUAUUCAAAUAUAUCUGCACUUGAAUUUUUUUCAUAAUUAUUCAGAUGAAGAUUUUUUAUAAAUAUUUCAAUUUAGAAUAAAGAAAUCAAAUUUAAAAAAAAUUAAUCAUAUCGAUCAAUCAAGAUCUUAAUUUAUUUUAAUUUGGCAUAUGUAAAUGUAAUUAAUUCCGUUGUUUUCUGAAGCUCGAAAACUUAAUAGUAACUAUUAAGUGCCAUAUUUUUUAUUUAUAACAUAAUUCAAGAUAAUCUAAAAAUCAUACUAUUUGUUUUGUUUUCAAGAAAAGUACAAAAAACAAAAUGAGCAUGUCUUUUUAUUUAAUCGCACUUAUUUUUUUAUUUAUUUAAAAACAAAUUUUUAAUGCAUGCAUAAUUCGGUACAAUAUAAAGAAUAGCCAAGAAUAUAGAACGAUCAAAAACGAAAUUAUAACAAAUAUUAGAAGCAGUGUACUGUAAUUAUAUAUAUAUAUUAUAUAUAUAUAUAUAUAUAUAUACGAAUGUAAAUAGUGAACAAAAAAAAUGAACAAAAAAAAAAUAUGUAAAUUCAAAUAUUCAAAUUUUGGAAGUUAAAUUUAAAUUAUGAUAAACAUUUCGAAUAUCUGAAAUAAUAUUUGAAUAAUAAAAGCUCAUUGCGUACUAAAAUUUAAAUUAAAUAAUAACCGGUUUACAAUAGAUCAAAAUUGUAAAUUGCUAAUCAAAAAAAUUAAAUAAUAAAUUCAAAGAUCUAAAUCCUAAAAAAUUUAAUCAAUAAAUUUAAAUUUAAUAAAAAAAGAAGUAGUUUUUCAAAAUUACAAAAGAUUGCAAUAUUUUUUUUUUAUAUUAGAUCAAUUUUUUUAAAUCUGCGACUUGAAAUUAUUUUUUUAGCUGUUGAUAUCCAUAAGAAUAAUUUCGAUAUGUGCGGAUAUAUAACUUUAAUGAGUUUUUUCAAUGAUCAAUCGAAAUCGAAUCCUCGCUCUGAAGAAAUGAUAUAUUUAACUUAUAAUUACCGAUGUUAUUGGAAACAAAUAAAUUCUAUUUAUAAAUCUUAAAUCUUAAAAUUACAUCUAUGAUGAAUCAUAACAUCAUUAAAAUUCAGUCAAUAAAAGAAAAAAUAUUUUUUUCAAAUUUGCAAAAAAUCUUUUUUUAUUGACUAUUUAUAAUACAAUUUUAAGUCUUUAAUCUUAAAAAAGAAAUAGAAGUUAUUCAAUUUCUUAUAAUCUUAUAAGAUAAUAUCUUAAAUCUUAUAAGAUAAACCUAAAGCUUGGUAUUAAAUUCUUAUUAAGUUUAUAUAUAUGGAUUGUGUAAAAUUUAAAACUCAGAAUUUCUUCUGAUUGACUGAUUUUAUUCUUAAAUACAUAUAAUACAAUAUUCUUAAAUACAUCUUAAAUAUAUUCAGAUAUUAACAUUUCAAUGGUUUAUGAUCCAAAUAUUUAACUAAAAUUCAAGCAUUAAUAUAUUAUUCUAAUUAAUUUCAUUUGGUCAUUUUUAUUUUAUAUUUUUUCAUUUUAUUAUUCUUCUGAAUAAAAUCUCUUCUUUAUCUCUCUUUACAAGUCUUCUUUACAUUCCUCGCUAAUUCGUGACUCACCGAAUAGAAAAUCGCUACAAAAACAGCGUACAAAUGUUCUCGUUUAGAAGCUGAUACAUAAGAUUUUCGAGAAAACUCGAUCGAUGUCGUAGAUCAUUAGUUUAGAUGUAGAUACGUAACGCUUUGUCUAGCAGAUAGCAUUCUAGUCGUUAGAUAAAUCGCUGUAGUAAGAGUGAUUUGGUAGUAAAUUUGUUCGACCUUGAAAGAGACCCGAAAAAAGAAAUAAUCAAAAUAAUUAUUAAAAGACAUCUCGAAUUGAAUGGCACUUCUGAUCUCUGUUGUAUUUUAUUUAUACAAGUGGCUAUUCCGCUGUUUCACGUUCUACCAUUAAAAGUCAGUAAAAAGAAACGAUCUUGAAAUAUAGUCGUCGUUUCAAUGGAAUAAAUACAUCAACAAACUAUCGUUUGUCGUCGCAAAUGAAGUUUUUUAGGAAGUUAUUCCAUCGUUUAAAUUGGCAUUAGUACAUACAUAUAUUUUCUUUGUAAAAUUAAACACGAUAAGAUAUCGCGAAAGCUAGUCUCGGGUCUCCGGAAAGGUGACUUUUGCACGCUUGGAGAGAAAAAAAUAAUAAUAAAAAUGGUAGACACUGUUGUUGUUCUCGCUUGUCGACAUAGUCUCGAUGUGUUUGCUUCUUUUUUCGAGUAGCUGAUAUUUAGAUCGGUAGAUAACGAUUUAAAUGAACAUAUACGUCCGAUAUCACGGUCCCUCCUAACUACUUAGCAGUAGCUUCGACCCACUGAUGCACGCUUUCGUUGAAGUGAAAGGGAAAAUAGCGACGGUCCAUCUUCGUCGGUUGCACAACGGGUCUCUAGUCAGUCUUUUUUGAUCUUUCCCUACUUUCGAUGUUCCGUUCGAAAUCGUUCAACGAGAAUAAACUGGGGUCAAAAGUAACAAUUUCAUUUUGAAAACAUAGAAAUGAAGUAGAAAAUAUUAGAGUGUUUAUAAAAAUUCUUGCCAAAUUUCAAAAGCAUAUAAUAUACAUUAAAAUAAACAAAAAAAAUAAAUAAAUAUAAAUCUAAAAAUUGUAUAUAAAAAUUUUUACGGCAUUUAUUCGAUAUAUUGUUCAUUUCAGCACAUAUUUCUAUUAUUUUAUCAUAUAUAUAUAUAUAUAUAUAUAUAUAUAUAUAUAUAUAUAUAUAUGAUAAAAUAAUGCGUUAAAAGAUCCCUGAUAUUGCCCUGAUAUUACAUAAUAUUAGGUUACAUAAAAUCAGGUUAAUAUUAUUAAUUAAUAUAUUUUUUUGGAUUAGUUCCAGAUAUUAUAUAUUUGUAAUUGAAAUAGAAUCUAUUGUGCUAUCAUUAAAAAAAGUAGAAAAAAAAAAAGAAAAAGUAGAAUAUUUCUGAAAUUGAUGGUUUUUAAACUUAUGUUUAUUAAAAUUUUUUUGUUUGUUUUGAUGAGUACUAUAUAUUGUUGAAAUUUCAUAAAUUUUUAUAAAUACUUUUUAUACAUUUUAAAAUUUACAUAAAAAUUUAUAUAUGUAUGACAAUCUUACAUAUUUAUAUGAAAUUAUCAAAUAAUAUCGUUUUGCUUUAUAAUAUGUAAUAAUAAAAUUAUCAAUCAAAAUGAUCUCAGGUCAAUUAUGAUAUAAUCUCAUUAAAAAAAAUCAAAAUUAUAUCAAUAUUAUAUUAAUAUUAAUUUAUAAUUAUAAUAAUGCAUAAGAAAAAAAUGAGAUAUUUGAGUUGAUAGAUAAAAAGAGAAAAAAAUAAUCAAAAAUUACAAUAUUUUUGUAAAACUAAAUAUUAUUCUGAAUCAUAAUUGUUAUAAAUAUUUAAAUUACUUUUUAAUGAAUUCUUUAUAUAUUUAAUCUUUAUAUUCCAUAUAUUUUUUAUUUGGAAAUAGAUAAACAAGACAAUAUUUCUUAUCCAAUAUAAUUAUAACUAAGGAUAAAAUACUUGAAACUUUGAAACCUCGAAACUCUUCGAAAGUCAAAAAGUUUCGAGUUCUUGAACUUCGAAACAUAACUAAAUAAUAAUUAAUUUCGUGUUUAAAUUUCGUGUCAAAACUUAUCUUAACUGAUAUAAUUUCAAUAAUUCAUUACAUGAAAAUAAAAAAUAAAAAUUUAAUUUUUUAUAAACCAGAAAUAAUAUUGUUAUUAUUAACUCAUUAUAAAUUUAAGUUUCAAGAAUUUCUAAAGACAAGUUCUUACAUGUUCUUAUGAAGUUUAAGUUUUCAGAUUUUCGAAUGUUUCGAAAGUUUAUUCUCGAAUUCGUGUUUUGUAAAUUUAAAAAUCAGAUUUAAAAAUAUUUUUAAUUGUAACGUUAUUUUUAACUUUGAUCAAUAGUAUUAUAAUUUUCGAAUCUAUUUUUCACAAAUUUUAAUCAAUUUUUUAAAUUCCAAUUUUUUAUUUAUGAGAUGCACAAAAAUAAAAAAAAAAGAUUAUUUCAAAAGAUCAGAAUAUACAUUUAAAAUUAUAUAUAUAUAUAUAUAUUUACAUAAAGAAUCAAGAAAAAUGAUUUUCUCUAUACUAUUACAUAUCUAUAUUAUUAGAAUACAAUUUUAAUCCAUAUAUGAUUCUUAAAUUUUUAUAUCUGAAAUCUCUUUUCUUAGAUAGAAAAAAUUUUAAUGUUUUCAACUUUAUCAUAAAAAUUAAGAUGAGAAAUCAAUUGUAUUGAUAACGAUUUUUUUCAUAUUUUUUUAUACUAUAUAUAUAAGUAUAUUUUAAUAAUAAUAUAAUAAAAUUGAAUGAAAAAUGACGUAUGAUUUUAUACCGUAUAUUCAAAAUUUGCAAUUAUUAUUAUAGCAUAUAAAUUCUGAGUUAUUAAACAUGUACAUUUUAUACUCCGUUACUUUCAAUCCCGGUUUAUUUUAUAUGUUUGAAAAAAUGGCAAAUUUUUCCACAACAAAGCAACGAAACUCGAAUCAACCGCAAAUUAACGAACGAUUGGAACGGAAAAGAGGAAGAGGCUAGAAGUAUCUAUGCUCCUAACGUAGAAAGGUUAAUCAAAGUAGAUGUAUCGUGUAGUGAUCGUAGAAAAGUCGAUGUGAUCGUUAUCAUCAUCAUCGUUAUUAUCAGCAUCACUGACAUUCGUCAUCGCCCGAUCGAAUUCCAUUCUGAAAUUUAAUAUCAAAAUUUCAUUCGUUUCACUCGACGCGUCCCAUUAUGCUAAUCACCAACUGGUCAACUGUUCGUGUCCUUAUGUCGCCCUUGCGAUCGCGCCCGAACGAUGACAGAUUUUUAUUUUUUUUACUCGACGAAGAUAAACGAGUAACCAGUUGUCAACUUGAAUCAAUGCCAGUAAUCGAUUCGGAUUGAAACGAGAUAGAUCCGAUCGGACCGCGAUCGUUAUGAUGACGAAAAAGCUCUCGAAUUCCGCUUAAAAUCCAACAAUCUAGUUUCGUCAAGCAUUUUUUUUAUCUUAGAAAAUAGGGAUGGGACUCGAAAUCUUUGGAAACUCAAAAAGAGUUUUGAGCAUUGAAAUGUUUUAUUUAAUAUUUAUAAAAGAUAGUAAUUAUUUAUUUAAAAGAAUCAUUCUUCUGUUUUUAAUAAUUUCGAAAUUUGUUAUCAAAAUCAAUAUUCUGAACAACUGUUUUCUAUAUGUGUCAUUAUAGCCCAGUUUUUAGUUUUCGAGAUAUUCGCAAAAAAAUUCCAUAAUGAAUUAUUAUAAUAUGUCUUGACCAGCAUCUCACAAUAAAGCUACAAUAAAACUAAUUCAAACCUAAUUUUAUUUUUUAUUUAUAAAUUAUGCAGAUGAAAGCUCCAUGUACUAUGAAAGAUGAUCAGAUUUGACCUAGUAUUAUCAAAUUUGAUUCAAUGUAAAUCUAAUUUCAUACAAAUAUGUAGCAUCAAAAAUGUUGUUGCUUAUAACGGUAUGUACAGAGAAAAGUUGUUCAGUAUCUAUAUCUCUGAUAACAUAUUUUAAAAUCAUAAAAAUCAGUAAGAAAAAUAUUUCUGGAGAUAAUUAAUUGCAUCAAAACUCGAAAAUCAGAUAAAAAUAAUUAAUUUAUGAAUAAGCUAGGAUAUUUAUGCAUUUAUGGAAAAUUUGAAUAUACAAGAAUCUAAAAUGCAAACAAAGAUAUAAAAUAUUUAUAUAAAAUAUAUAAAAAUAUUUAUAUAUAAAAUGCAAACAAUAUUAUUACAUUUGAGAAAUAGAGCAAAUCUUUUUUUAAAAUCCAUUUCUUUAAUCAUGUUUAUAAAAAUUUGAUUUUGCAUAAAAAUCCACAGUUAUUUUAUAAGAAUGUUUUAAUAAUACGAAUUUGAUUAAUUAAUAAUAAUGUAAUUUAAUUGAAUUUGUUCAGACUUUAUAUUGAUAGAAUUUCAUCAAUUAUUGUUAUAAUAAUUAAAUUAAUAUAAAAUAUAUUUUAAAAUACAUCUAUUAUUAUAAUUUACAUAAAGAUAAAAUUCAAAAAUAGAGAUUUUAUAAAAAAAAUGAAUAUUAUUAAUAGCGAUUGAUUUUAAAUUAAGUUUAAAGAAUUACAAAAAUUAUAAUUAAAAUUUGUUAAAAUUUAAUUCUUUUGUUAAAAUUUACUUUUUAAUAGAUUCUUUGUAAAUUUGUUAAAAUUAUUUUUUAUAAAAAUAGAUAUUUCUCAGAAUAAGAAAAAAAAUUUCGAAAGAUUAGAAAUAUAAAAAUCAGAUUUCGACCCAUCUGUUGUAGGAAGCAUAGAUGUGAUCAAUUUACGUCAAACAUGUUAGAAUAGUAUACGUAGUCAGCUUCUUGCUUCUAGCCUAGUUUCGUUUGAAAUUUCAUGCCGACCUUAUCUAGUCUGGAAGAUCCAUCUCUUGCACCUUCAUCUUCAUUCUCUAACACUUCUUCCUUUCCCUAGUUUUCCCCAACUAGUUGAACUAUCAGCAAUCUACAUCCCUUCGUAAUCAAUGUGUAGCCGCUUUAAAAUGAUGUUAUAAUAGUAGAGAAAGCCUGCAACUUAAUUUACGACUAUCAUCAUCAAACAAAUUAUUAAUUAAUUAUUAAUUGUAAUUAAUAAUCGUAUCGAUCUUAAAAAAAUACGAAACAAAGAGUAUUCGUAUUCAAAGCUAUGGCUGUGAUCCUAAUUAAUCGUGGAACGGUUCGUAAAAAAACUAUAUACAUAUAUACAUAUAUACAUACUAACGUAAAUAGGUUACGACUACGCAUGUAGCGACAAGCGACGCGAAUAUUUUGCCAAAAAAAAAAUCGUUGCGUUUCACGCGUGCUUGCAUUUUUCUUCGCUAUCUCGAACGUGUAUAUAGUAAUACAUGAAUCUGCAAUACCGACUCGACUGCGUUCGGCUCGAGGGAACAAUCUGUUAUCCAUGAUGUUCUAUCAUCCAAUUGCGCGUUCUUCUCUUAACCUCCUUUCCACCGACAUCCUCCCUAUAUAUCAGCCUGACCCUAUCGAAAGCAACGAAUUAUUCGCAAUUAAUUGCGAAUGGUGACAGCGGCGACGACGACAGCGACGACGUCGUCGACGACUACCAAACAAAAAAGGUAAGGAAAGGAAAUAAAGGUGAGAUCGCGUAGUUCGUGAGUUCUCUUGAGCUCCGCUGCUACGAAAUUAAGUGAUGGCAAAGCCCUCUAGCCAUCGUGGUGGCGAAGAUGAUAAAGAUUUCGCGAUUGAAGGAUAGAGGGCGUUGCGCGAAUAAUCAAAUGUAACUCGCAGUGCGAGGAAUCGUUGCUCAGAAAGUUGGAGACUUGGUAUUUUCUAUAAGCACCGUUUAAACGCGAUUCGAUCACAUUCGAUCCACUGUCACCGACGUGUAUUUCAACAGGGACCGGUAUUUCGCUCCCUCUCCCUCUUUCUCUAAGCGUUUCUAUGCGUUUUGUGGAGCGAGCAUGAGCUCGUCGACUUGAGUCGACGAGACGAUGUAGCGCUGAUCAUAACUUGUCGGGAAUAAGCGAAACGAAUCGAGUACGAGUACCGAUGCAAGAAAACGCAUCGAUGUAUUUUCACUACAGUCCUGUCUACAGUCAAUUCAUUUUGUAUUUAUACCUAUAUAUCUAUCGUCAUAAUUUAUGCCGAAAUAAAUGUUACAUUUACGCACAGCGGAA